GCGGAGCGGCGCGGAGCGGAGCGGGCGGCGGUGCGGGCUGCGGUACCACCAGCAGCGGCGGCUCUGCGGGGCCGCGCCGGUCUCGGCCACCCCCCGGACUCCCCUCCGGCUCUGCCCGUCCCUCCGCCUCCCUUCCCCCCCAUCCCCCUUUUUUUUUAUUUUGCCGCCCCCCCUCAUUUCUCCCAGCAACGCCGCCCCCCGCAUCCCCCCGCAGCAAGAUGGUGCAGAAGAAAUCAGAGAUCCCGGGAUUCCACCGCUCCUUCAAGGGGCAAAACCCUUUCGACCUGGAGUUCGACCAGUCCAACCACCUGGAGCCUGUCUUCAACUUCGAGUGCCCGCCCCGUCCCGACAUGCCUUCAAGUCAACCCAUCGACAUCCCUGAUGCCAAGAAAAGGAACAAGAAGAAGAAGCGCUGCAGAGCCACCGACAGCUUCUCCGGCAGGUUCGAAGAUGUUUACCAGCUGCAGGAGGAGGUGCUGGGAGAAGGGGCCCACGCCAGAGUCCAGUCCUGCGUGAACCUGAUCACCAAUAAGGAGUACGCGGUGAAGAUCAUCGAGAAGCGCCUGGGACACAUCCGGAGCAGGGUUUUCCGGGAGGUGGAGAUGCUCUAUCAGUGCCAGGGACACAGAAACGUCCUGGAGCUGAUUGAGUUCUUCGAGGAGGAGGAGAGGUUUUACCUGGUGUUUGAGAAGAUGAGGGGAGGCUCCAUCCUGACCCACAUCCACCGGAGACGCCACUUCAACGAGCUGGAGGCCAGCGUGGUGGUGCAGGAUAUCGCCAGCGCCCUGCACUUUCUGCACAACAAAGGGAUUGCACACAGGGAUCUGAAACCAGAAAAUAUACUGUGUGAGAGCCCAGACCAGGUCUCCCCAGUGAAGAUCUGUGACUUUGACCUGGGAAGUGGCAUCAAACUGAACGGCGACUGCUCCCCCAUCUCCACUCCGGAGCUGCUCACCCCGUGUGGCUCAGCCGAGUACAUGGCCCCAGAGGUGGUGGAAGCCUUCAACGAGGAGGCCUCAAUCUACGACAAGCGCUGUGACCUGUGGAGCCUGGGUGUCAUCCUGUACAUCAUGCUGAGUGGGUACCCCCCCUUUGUGGGCCACUGCGGCUCUGACUGCGGCUGGGACCGGGGUGAGGCGUGCCACACCUGCCAGAACAUGCUCUUUGAGAGCAUCCAGGAGGGGAAAUACGAGUUUCCUGACAAGGACUGGGCGCACAUCUCCUUUGGAGCCAAAGACCUAAUUUCCAAGCUGCUGGUGAGAGAUGCCAAGAAGCGGCUCAGCGCAGCCCAGGUCCUGGAGCACCCCUGGGUGCAGGGGUGUGCCCCGGACAAUACCCUGCCAACCCCCAUCAUCCUGCAGAGGAACAGCAGUGCCAAAGAGCUCACCUCCUUUGCUGCUGAGGCCAUCGCUGUCAACCGCCAGCUGACACAGCAUGAUGAGGACGAGGAGGAAGAGGCGGAGGAGGAAGCACGACCCAUCAUCAUCAAAGCUACCUCACGGGCCAUGCAGCUCUCCCCCCCCUCUGAGUCCAAGCUGGCCAAGCGGCGGCAGAAGAGCAGCCUGGCCAAGGCAGUGGCCUCUGGGCAGCACCUGGUGGCCCCGCUGGUCCUGGUGGCCGACCAAGCCUGAGUGGUGCCCCUCACACCUGCUGUACCCCAUGUCCCCCCUUCUCCUCCUUUCUUUCUUCCCCUUUCCCUCCCUGACCCCACCGUUUCUGGCUAGUGACAAGAUCAGGACUCGUCCCUGUGGCUGGUUUCCAAGGUUUUGCUGAUCUUGUAGGUCUGGGGGUGGGAGGGUUUGUUUAAGAUCUUUUUUUUUUUAAAGGUAUUAAAUCAAGUGUGAGGUUGCUUCACCCAGGGCACACUCAAGGACAUCUGACAGACACACAGACUUUUGUUUCCUGGCUCUUGGUUUCUCCUCUGACAUUUUUUCCCCUCCCUGACACCAAAGGACUCUUUGUAUCCGCGGCUGCUUUGACGAUUUCAGCUCAUUUCAUACUGUGAACAAAAGACCCUCGGUCGCGUUUUCAACAACGGGAGUUGCGUUUUAACCUCGUCCCUCCCCUCAGAGCUGCAGGUUUCUCUCUGAUGUUGGGGUAGAUCCCACAAAAACCCCUUCCUGGGGGUCUGGGAGGCACCUCCCAGGUGUGGGAGGUGUGGGGAGCCCCUCUGUCCUGUGCUUGGGGGUGUCCCUAGCUCAGCUCCAGGGUGACACAGUGCAGGGAACAGCUCGGGCUUAGGAGGGAUGGUGCCAGCAAGGGAGCAGCGCCCAACCCACCUUCUCUCCUCGGCAUCCUGCUUCCAGAAUAAGCUAUUCACCCAAUUUCUUUUUGCCCUUUUUCUUUUCCCUUUCCUUUUUAAUUACUGUUGGUUUUAAACUGCCAGCUGUGCUUCUCUACAGGGCACAAAGAGAUGUCUUCCUUUCCUCCCACGCUCUGGCUGGCUGCUCCCUGGGGAUGCAUGGGCAUCCAGGGCUGUGCUCUUGUGCCAGGUCAGGUGUUGCACCCUGGGUUUUGGAAAGGCUGGUGGCUGUGCCCUUGGGGAAGUGCACGGGGGAUGAGGUGUUCAGGGUGGCCAGAGCAGCCAGAAACACUCUCUGGGAAUUGUGCACUCUGGAAAGCAAGGACCCCCUUAAAGAGCAUCAGGACCUGCUGCAGGACAGUGAGACCUGCCGUGGCUUCAGGCUGGCCCCGAGGCUGCCAUGGCAGGAGGGUCAGGGGGCACAGAGGGUGCCCAAUGCCCUGGGGGUGUCAGUGGGUGAGCAGUCAGGCUAGUGGCAGCACCCAAAGGCUAGGGCAUGGGAGAGCAGCCUGGGGACAGGUCGGGAUGUGGGACUGGAAGGUUUGGGGUCAGAGCAGCAGGGUCUUUAGCAGGGAGAGCGCUGGUGUGGGUGGUCGUGCAGGUGCAUCUCUGCUCACGUGUGUUCAGCCAUGCAUGGCGUUGUCCUUUCCUUGGAGUUUGCUUCAGGGUGGGAAGGACUCAGAAUGCUGAGUUGGGGCGAGGCCCUUGGCUGGUUUCUGGGUCUGUCCAGGGGAGCAGGGCCUGUGCUCAGGGCCAGACUGGCCUCCAGAUCCCCCUGACACCCCCUGCUCCCUGCCACAGCACUGCUUGGGGUUGUGCCACCAAGCUCUGCUUGCUGCCAGCCCCCAUCCCACUGGGAGGCCAGUGUCUCCUUCAUAGCCUCCUCCUGUCCCUUCUGACUCAGUGCUUUGAGCUUUAUAUUUUGCAAAAGCAGCCUCGGCACAUUGUGUGCACAGGUGAGGGUUUGGGAGCUCUGAGCUGGGGAACAGACUUCCCUGGGUCUUCAGCUGAAGACAGUUGAUGUCUCUGGAAAAAAAAAAGAAAAGAAAGUUCUCCUUUUUAUUUUAAGACUGCUGACAGCAAUACUAUGCAAUAUAUGUUGUUUUUUGUUUCAGGGAGGUGUGUGUGUUAUCUGGGGAGAUGAUGAUCUUGGGUGUUGAUGGAGUUUAGGGCAGGGGCCAUCUUCUCUCACCCUUCCCAGCCUUUUUGCUGACCCAGAGGGCUGGGAAGGUUGACUCCAUCCCCAUCCCAUCCCCAAAACUGCCUCGCACUUGUGAUCUCCCUCUCCCCUGUGUGUCCCCAGUCCCACUGUGCUGGAUGGGGAGGAGCAAGGCAGUGGUGAGGGGAGACCCUCCCCGCAGGCACCAGGACACCCUGGAGAGGCCUCCUUUAACAGAAAGAAAAAAAAAACUCCAUCUUGAUUGUACAUUGUUACUUUUUAUAGCUUAUUUUGUUUUAUCAGUUGUAGAUAAUUCCUUGUUGUCUUAUAUUAAGAAAUACUUGAAUGAUGUACAGUACGCGAUGCCUUGAGCUGGUAUUGUGAAGCUAUCGUUGAUGCUGCACGCUGCAGCCUUUUUUUAAAAAACACAAAAAUCAUGGGAAGGGGAUGGCAGGGGGAUGUCUCCAAAAUUUAUCUGUCCCCCGUGCUGCUUUUGUUGGCAAACUGAGUUUCCCCUUUUCCCCCACGCAUAAGAGCGAUCUCUUUUCUAUCUCUAUAUAUAUGUACACCACACUCUGGGGAAGGCCUGGGUGACCCUGCCUGUGUCCCGUGGGUGUCCUUGGCCAGGGAUGUGCAGCAGAAGAUGCUGUGGGAGUUUGUGGGACUUGGAGGAAGUGCUGGGGGCAUCCGAGCUCAGCCUGGGCUCGGCUUUGCAUUUUGGGUGGGGUUUGGUGUGGACCCGGCGCUCCUGGCGUGGUACUGGGGGAGUGACCCAAGGCCAGGUCUGUGCAUUGGUAGAAAAUCUUUAAAUGCCUCUAGAGCUGGGAUGGACUGGAAAACCUCCAGCCUGGCUGGUGGCAGUGCUGGGCACCUACAGGUGCCCUGGCAGGGCAGGCUUGGCUGGGGACACCCUUGUGCCAGGGCCAGACAUCCCCUCCCCGCUGCCAGCACCUCUCCCGGGGCGGUUUCCAGACAGAUGCUCCCAUGGUCUAGCACCAGCGACCCCCUCUUGCCAGCAUCCUUCUUCCUCCUCUUCCUCUUUCCAAACUUUCCCCCCAUAGAGCAUCUAUCUUGGAAACCAACUUCAAAAUUAUUUUUUUUUGUUUUAAGCUGGAAAUGUUAAGUGUUUUUGCUUCCUCUCCUUCCCCCCCACCCUUUCUCCAGCCAACUAACUCGACUUAGAACUGGUUAGAAAUGUUUACUGUGAAGCUAACUCUUUUUUAUCAAACCAGGAGAAACUUUCUCCACUUUACAAUUGAUGAAGACUGCCAAAGCUGGUUCAACAAGAGUCACGUUAACGCACUGUUGGUUUGUGCAACAGCGGCCUCUGCUCAGGGGCUGGCUGGGAAAUAAAAAUGAAAAUAUAUUAAAAAAAAAAAAAAAGACAAAAGACAAAAACAAAAAAAGAAAAAAAAAAACAAACACACAAAAAGAAGCACUUUACUGUAUGUACCAGGUGAUCUGAUACAGCUGAAUUGAAGUUUUCCUUUAUAACAAUUGUUGAUGCCAGAAUUUUGUAUUCUGUUUUGUAAGAAUUUAAUAAAAAUGCAUUGAGACCUA